CCCAGAAGCCCGCACCGGUGGAAAAAGUGGCGGUUUUUUGGGUUGAGAAAAAAAAAUUGGCGCUUUAAACCCUGAAAGAAAAAAAUUAGUAAAACCCUAGAAAAUCAAAGAAACCGAAGUCUGUGUCUCUUCCCAGGAAGAAACCCGAGUGAGCAAGCAAAAUGGUAGCAGGGAUUAAAGAAUUCACUGCUCGAGUUGAAAGAAACGGUGUUGAUGAACCAGUUUUGGAUGCGGUGAAUGGUGAGGAGCUGAUGCAUGUUCGGCCUGGUGUUUCUAUUGUCCUCGGCAAUCAGCCCCCUGAGUUCCCUGGCACUCUAUAUAUCUCCACCAAGCAAGUGAUUUGGUUGAGUGACACUGACAAGGCGAAAGGUUAUGCUUUGGACUUCUUGUCUAUAUCACUGCACGCUGUAUCCAGAGACCCAGAGGCCUACACCUCUCCUUGUUUAUACACUCAGAUUGAAACUGAGGAUGACGAGGAUGAGUCUGAUGGUUUGGAUUCAGAACGCAAUGGUGACUUAGAUUUAUCCAAGGUCACAGAGAUGAGGCUCGUUCCUUCAGAUCCUAACCAGUUGGAUUCUCUGUUUGAGGUAUUUUGUGAGUGUGCUGAGCUUAAUCCAGAACCAAUUCAAGAAGGGGAAGAAGAGCAUAAUUGGAUUUUUAGCGCCGAUCAGUUGGAAGAUGAGGCAGUUGAGGACGAUUCUGAGUGGCCUGUUCCUCAAAAUCCUUCAAACUCAAUUGGUCAAUCUAACGGGGAUCAUGACCUAGCUCGUACUGUGCUUGAGCUUCAGAUCAACGAUCAACGAUUUGAGGAUGCAGAAGAAAUGGAGCAUGAAACCGACAGUGGCCGCCAUUAAAAUUCAUUCUCCUUUCAAGUUUCAUCUCGUUCAAGUGCUGCCUUUAACCCGUGUCACUUUCUUGUUAUGCGAUCGAAUCUUGCUGUAUAUGCAAACAAAUUGUCCUAACUCUGUUAGUCUGUGACAUCACAGGACUAGGGAUUUUGUGACAAGUACCAUGAUCCCUUUCUAUGAAUUCUAUGGUGUGCGUUUGUGGUAUCUUUAUGGAAAAUUAACCAUGGAUUCCUUUGGUACA